UCCCGGCUCCGCCCCCUGGUCACGUGGAGGAAGUUGCGCUGGAGCCAUGGAGGAGGCGGGGGUGUCGCUUGGGCCCACGGAGCAGACUGUGCUACUGAACAGUGGAACCCGAAUGCCCCUGCUUGGCAUGGGAACUUUCCGCCUGCAAGGGGCUGAGCUGGUGUCCCAGUGCGUGGAAGCUGCCCUAGCCCAUGGCUACCGCUCCUUUGACACAGCUGCUGUCUAUGGCAAUGAGGCAGCGAUUGGGCAGGCACUGGGGGCCCUGCUGCCCCUUCAUGGCCUAGCACGCUCUGAUGUCUUCCUCACCACCAAGCUGGGUCCACGGGACCAGGGCAAGGCCGAAGCUGAGGCCGCCUGCCUGCGUAGCCUGGAGCAGCUAGCCUGUGGCUACCUGGAUCUCUAUCUCAUCCACUGGCCAGGCACACAGGGCAAGCCCCAAGGGGACAAGGGCAAUCGGGAGCGGCGCUGGGAGAGCUGGCGGGCGCUGGAGCGGAUGCACUACGCUGGGCACCUGCGGGCAAUAGGUGUUUCUAACUACACCCUGGGACACCUGCAGGAGCUGCUGGCCCACUGCCGGGUGCCGCCGGCUGUGCUGCAGGUGGAGUUCCACCCAGAGCUGCCCCAGCGGGAGCUAUGGGACUUCUGCCAGCAGCAUGGCAUUCAUCUCCAGGCCUACGCCUCACUGGGCUGUGGGCAGCUGUUGGGCCGGGCAGAGGUGGGGCGGGUGGCAGAGCGCCAGGGGCGUACUCCUGCCCAGGUUCUUCUACGCUGGGCCCUGCACCAGGGUGUGGGGGUGAUCCCCAAGUCUGUCAGCCCCACCCGCCUGGCCGAGAAUGCCCAACUUUGGGGCUGGGACCUCAGGCCAGAGGAUAUGGCUGAGCUGGGGGCGAUGGACUGCAGCAGGCACUACUGCUGGGACCCCAGUGGAGUGACAUAAAGUGGAAGGUGCAUAUGUGUGUGGGGAGGCAUGGUUGGGGUGUUGUUGGGGGUAAGCAUGCGUGGAAGGGGGCAC